AUGGCGAGCGCCCAACCCAUAUCACAGCCUUCUCACAGAGGUGCUCCGGUUUCCAAUAACAUACAGCAAGCUGUGUCACCACCAUCUAAAGAGCAGUUGAAAUCAUGGUGGACCAAAUUUGGUCGAAAAAAGGACAAAUCAGAGGAUCAAGGUCCUGCUGAUCGAGGCAUAUUUGGCAUUCCACUCUCUGAGAGCAUUCGUUAUGCCAACGUCGCAAUCUCCCUGUCUAACGAACAAGGCGAGAGCUUCAUCUAUGGUUACGUGCCGAUAGUAGUUGCCAAAUGUGGUGUCUUCUUGAAGGAAAAAGCAACUGACGUCGAAGGUAUCUUCCGAUUAAGCGGCUCUGCAAAACGGAUCAAGGAUCUUCAAAUCGUCUUCAAUUCACCCGAACGAUAUGGUAAAGGCCUCGAUUGGACAGGUUACACCGUCCACGAUGCUGCCAAUAUUCUCCGUCGAUACCUCAACCAAUUGCCCGAACCUAUCGUCCCUCUUAGUUUCUACGAACGAUUUAGAAACCCUCUUCGCGCCUAUCAAGCAAAAGCUGGGAUUGAAACACGAGGUCAGACAAUGGAACGUGAAGAGCAUGCAAAAGCUGUCGCUGCAUACCAGCAAUUACUGAGAGAGCUCCCACCCCUGAAUCGACAAUUACUGCUGUAUAUCCUGGAUCUCUUGGCCGUCUUUGACUCCAAGUCGGAUCUGAACAGGAUGACUGCUCAGAAUCUGGCGGCCAUCUUUCAGCCUGGUAUCAUUUCCCACCCAAGUCACGAUAUGGCACCUAACGAAUACCGGCUCAGCCAGGAGGUACUGAUCUUUCUGAUCGAGAACCAAGACAAUUUCUUGAUUGGCAUGUCUGGCACAGCUAUGGACGAGAAGACAAAGGACGAAGUUAAGAGCGGUCCGCCAUCUAUCAAAACUCCUAAGCCAGCCGUGGGUCUUGGUCGGUCUGCUUCGACUGCAAGCGCAGGAGCAGAUAGCUUGCGCAGAGCAACGGGUAUACGUCGCAAUGCAUCCUUGUCGUCACGUAACUCACGAGAUCGCGCCAGUCCUAACGUAUCGAGCCCUGCAACACCUGGAUCUCCUGCCGCUCUUGGGAGCACCGGCAGUACUAGUGGUUUGGCGAGGAGCAACACUGUUCCCUCCAAUAAAUCGCCUGCAAUGCAAGCUGGACAUCGAUUUCAGAGAAUGUCAGAGGCCAGAACUCCAGACACUCCUACCACUAUUCUGCCACCAACGAUACCCGGAUCACCUUCUGACGAACGCGAUCAGAAUACUCCCGACCGAGUGCCAGGCACCGACAUUCGUCUGCCAUCACAGCCCAUAAGGACGAUAAACAAUCAGAUUGCAGAGCCAGCUGCCUCCACGAUGGCUGGUCAGGAUCUUCGACAAGCGCAAGACUUCAACCCCGUAACUCCAAUCAAUGGAAAACCGAAUCGAGACGGAAAGUACAAGAACCUCUUGUCUAUCUCACCAAUCUUUGGACCUUCGGAUUCUCUUAGAGACCCGAAUGCUCGACAACCAAGGAAACUCCAGAAGCGUAGAAUACCUGGAAGUGUCAAUGAAAGUGCGCAGAGUUCCCAAGCGUCACUUACUGCAGACGAAGGAACCUUCCAUACCCCAAUGAUGACACCGAAUCAAUUUAUGCACGACCGAGCAGAUCCGGCUGACCAAUUUCCAGCAAUGCCGAACAACACAAUCACACCUGACAACAGCAAACAACCUGAAGCUUUGAACACGACUUCCCCUACGUCUCCAACAACUCGCGAAGCACGUGUUCCAAGCUCUACACUCAUGCCACCAGGAUCACCACAAGGGUCGCUCUAUUCUAGGGGAUCUGUGACAGAUCCCUCAGACCUCGACGCUCUGGAUGAUCCAGCUAAUCGCGAGGAAAACCGGCGAAACAAGAACAACAAGUGGCGUCUUUCUCGACAAGGACCACAAGACAACAUGUCGCCCUUAGCACCUCCACCACCAAUCAUGGGUAUGGGUAUAGGGCAGAACCCUGGUGCUAGAGGCAGUAAUAGCUCCCUUGGCUCAAACGCACACUCGCACAAGCCACGUAAAUCAUUUACUGGCGACUCACAAGCCACACAGACAACCAACUUUGAUGGGUCCAAUAGUGCUGGCUAUCCAUCUACGAUGAACGUCUCGAGCCGUGCAUCCGGUGAGAUACUUAACAAUGUCGUUGCACCACCAACUGAUCCAGAGCGAAAGGGCUUUUUCGGAAGAAUGAAGGCUAAGAUUCAGCAGAACAGGGACGACAGAGAAAGAGCAAAAAGUCCUCCACCGCCACCAAGGGGAUUUGCAGCAGGUGCAAGUGAUGCAGGCAGUAGGAGUAGCUUGACCGCUUUUGCCCACGAGCAUCUCUCACCUCGAGGACGUUCGUUUGACAGAAGUCGCGACGACUUGUUGGUGCCGCUACCAGAGGAGAACAGGGGACAUGAGAGGAGUGGCAGUAGGACACCGGUCCCACCGGUACCGGGUCAGUUGUCUGGCUCUGUGCCCGGGUCAGCUCCUGUCGGUUCGGGCAACACGUAUGGGUCUGAGAUUGCUCACAGCCAUCAUGACCAGGCCGUGCCAGCCAUCGCAGGCAACUAUAUGAGUACGAACGCAACACCUGAAGCAGGAUUUGGCAUUCCCGCGAGAUCAAUGCCUUCUGCUGUGCCGAGUGGCAGUUUCUUAGAGAGAAUGACGCCAGUCGAAGGCGAAACGAAUACUAACAUGUCAGAUCUUUCACCCCCACCGCUGUUGGGUCAACCUCGUACCCAGAGUGUGGGAAGUGCGAAUGGUAGUGAUAGAGGAAGUGGGCGAAUUGUCACCACAAUCUCCACCAACGGCGGUAGUUCUAUGAAGGUCGUUGAGUUACGCCCUAUGUCCUCUGCUCUAGUGGAAGAAAUGCCACAGCAAAUGACAGGUCCGAUGCAAGCGCGGCAGAAAGCGCAAUUUGAGCAGUUACAGCAAUUUCAAACGCAAGAGCAGCCGAUGCAGGGACAGGAACAGGCUUCUGCGGGUACUGGCAUGAACGAAGUUAGGGGCACAUCGAACGAGAAGGUGUAA